AUGCCUCAAGACCAUCUCGUUCACGGUUUGGUUGUCGUACCUGCCGAGCACGCAAAGUCAAAUGCGACGAAAAGCCAGGCGAAUGCGGCAAUUGUUCGCGACUCCGGCUGGUUGACUGCUUCACAGCUGCCCGACCGAGGAAAGAUAGGCCUUUUGGUCGAAGAGUUCUUCAAUAAUAUCCACCCUCUUAGGUGCUUCGCCUUUAUCCAUAGACCGUCAUUCCUUCAAAGACUCGACAGAGAUGGCCCCAAGAGAUAUCAGAGCCAUGCACUCCUGCAUAUUAUAUGUGCUCUGGGUGGCCAAUUCCAUGCACUAUCAUAUAGUGAAACAAUGUCACCACUUCCAACAAAGUUCAUUCUUAUGGCCGGGGCUGAGUGGGCUAAGAUUGCCCAGAGGUUAAUUCUCGAGGCUCUCGAUACAGUUACUGUGGAAAAGACAAUGGCGUCAGUUCUGCUUCAUGACCACGCGGUCCGCAUGGGAAAUUUCGCAAAUGCUUUCAUGCUCAGUGGACUCAUAACCCGAAUGACCCAAGCGCUUCAGAUCAACUUGGAAUACAAUACAGACGUGCUAUGCCAGAACACUGAGGUUGGACCUUCCGUCACAGCUAGAGAAUGCCGAAGGAGGUUAAUGUGGAGCUGUUAUAUUAUGGAUGCUCUUGUUGGGAGUGGAGUUGACCAACUCACGCUGGUAGAUGAAAAGGACAUGAAGAUCCAGUUACCUUGCAACGAAAGAAAUUUCAUCCAGCAAAUUCCUUGUCUUACUGAAACAUUGGAGCCCGGAAACUGGUUGAAGUUCAUACCUGGUGAGCUUGACAGUGAUGCACUUAUGCCCAAUAUGGGAAUGAUGGCAUAUUUUAUUCGACACAUCUCAAUUCGUAAAAGAGUAUUAAGGUACAUCAAGCACCUUGAUGAAGCAAUGGUUCCUUGGGCACCGGAAUCCGAGUUUGCAAUUCUGGAUCGAGACUGUCGUGCUUGGUAUGACACCUUGCCAGCAAGCUUGCAAUUCACGCCGAACGCAGUUUACAUUCGAAAGGACUCUUCCCAACUUGGCGCUCUCUGUGUAUUGCAUUGUGCCCAUUACCAAACAAUAUGCGAUUUAUAUCGGUUGGGAGCGCCUGCUCUUUACAAACUUCGCGCUGCAUUUGACUUUCCCCCCGAGCAGCACGCCUUCCUUCGGCAUUUGCAAGAAGUAUUGUUCGAUGCUGCAAGGGCUCUAGCAACAAUAAUUGGCGAGACGGCUCAUCACGGGACAAGGCUAUUGGCUGAUUCAUGGCUGCCAACUAUUACAUAUGACAGCUGCCGGAUCAUGGUAUACCAUCUGACACAAAUUCUAAACCCUCGUGCCGAGGAAACAAAGAUAAUCACCAUGGAAACUUUGCCACUUCUGAAAAGUAACAUUGAUGCUCUGAAAUUGAUGGGGUCACUGAGUGUUAUCGCGAACUCACUGUGCUCCGCCGCCGAAACCAUGUUGGAUCGUUCUGGUAUCGGCUCCGAAGUAGUCGCUCACAACAGCAUUCCAGAUGACCCAUAUCAAACAGGCGACGAGGGACCGAGUGAAAGCCCACCCGGGACUCCGAUCCAAAGCGCCCCCGAUUAUGUCCUCAAUCCACUGUCUAUUUUCCGCAUGGCGCGAAAGUCGAUCCCGGAAAGACAUGCACCAGAAAAAGCAACCACUUCGUCCGCGCCGAAUAGCGCAGUUCCCGAAUCAAAUCCGGAUCUUGAGCACUCGGCCGUUGGGGUUUCUAGCGAGGGCCCAGGAACGGGUGCCUCGAACGACGUUGAAUUCGGUCAAGCAAGCCUUGAAGAGCUCCAGACGCUGUUCAUGUCAGAUCUUGGGUGGACAUGGCAACCGGCCGAUACUGCUGUUGGGUCCGGAAUUGAGGGGGCUGGUCUGAUGCCGUGGGCUGGAGGAUAUCCUGCCACGCAGGCAGAACCUUGGCUUCCUGUGUUUCCUUUUCCACAACAGAAUUGA